GGUUCAAACCCCAAGACUGUCAAAAAAAAUGCUAAUAAUAGUAAUUAUUUAGUCUCGUAGUUUAGUUUUUCUGAUUUAACAGAUUAAUUUUUUCUUUUAAACAGGUUGAAUCAAGAGAUUCUUUGAAUAGCAUAGCCCUGAAAUUUGAUACAACGCCCAACGAACUUGUUCAAUUAAAUAAGUUAUUCUCCCGAGCAGUUGUCACUGGACAGGUUUUAUAUGUUCCUGAUCCUGAAUAUGUCUCCAGUGUUGAGAGCUCUCCAUCUCUAAGCCCUGUAAGUCCUCUGUCACCAACGUCAUCCGAGGCUGAAUUUGAUAAGACCACUAAUCCUGAUGUAGUCCACCCAAAAGAAGCAACUCCCUUGUCUACUUUUACUGGUAUUCGACCUGCAAGAGUUGUAUAUUCAACUUCUGAGGAAGAAGAAGCAUUUACUGAGAAAUUUCUUAAAAUUAAUUGUAAAUAUAUCACCAAUGGCAAGGGCACAGUCAGUGGUGUGCUGCUAGUUACACCAAAUAAUAUAAUGUUUGAUCCACAUAAAACUGACCCUUUGGUUCAAGAGAAUGGCUGUGAGGAAUAUGGCAUCAUGUGUCCAAUGGAAGAGGUGAUGUCAGCUGCAAUGUACAAAGAAGUUUUGGAUAGCAAAAUAAAGGAAUCCUUACCCAUAGAAAUAGAUCAGUUAUCAACAAGGGACUUCUGCCAUUCAAGGAAAAUGACAGGAAUUAAUACUGAGGAAAUAGACUCCAGAACCCGUGAUGCAGGUAAUGAUAGUGCCAGCACUGCUCCAAGAAGCACUGAGGAGUCUCUUUCUGAAGAUGUGUUCACAGAAUCAGAGCUCUCUCCUAUCAGAGAGGAGCUUAUCUCCUCAGAUGAGCUGCGACGACAUAAAUCAUCUGGUGCAUCUUCAGAAUCUGUGCAAACUGUCAAUCAGACUGAGGUAGAAUGCUGGACAGGCACAUCAGUGUCUGCUAGUACUCCUGGUCACGUAAAAUCCAAUACUGGACAUUCAGCAAAUGAAGGUGGGGCUUUAGCUCAUGAAACUGAUUUAGGUAAUCUUGAAAUGGCCAGUAAGGAAGGAGAUCACGUUACAGAUAACCUUCAAGAAGUAUCAGACCCUAAAAAACAAAGCACAAGUACAAAAGGUAAUGCAGAACAGGAUUCUUUUCAUCAUGAAAAUUCAAUCCACCAACAGGAGAGUGAAGAAAAUAUACCUUGUGGAGAAACAACAGAAUUUAAACAAAAGCAAACUGUUAACAAAGGCAAACAAGGAAAGGAGCAAAAACAAGACUCAGAGACAGAAGUAGAAGAGCUACGCAAACUGUGGAAAACUCAUAGUAUGCAGCAAACUAAAGAGCAAAGGGACAAUAUUCAACAGGUGUCACAAAAAGAAAUUAAGCAUAAAAUUGCAACUGCUGAUGGACAUAUAGAUGGAAAAGAGAAGGCAUCGAUUACAUAAGUUCUUAUGUCUCAGAGUUGGAAAGCCAAUGAGAAAAACAUUUGUAUCCCAAGCAAGUGCCACAAUGCAACAGUAUGCACAAAGAGAUAAAAAACAUGAAUACUGGUUUGC